AUGUGGAUCAGUCGUGUUAUGUGGUCAGUCUUACUGUACUCUUCACUUCAAUAUCAAAGAACAAGUGGCAACAGAACAAUACCAGCGUCUUAUUACAACUGCGCCUGUUACAAUAAACACGGAUUGUUCAACCUCGCUCCCUUGCAAAGUAAAGAUGGAACACCCAGGUUUGUAAUGCAAGAAAUAGAUGCAUAAGGUGGCUGUCAUUUUGCAAAUACUUUAAAUUAGCCUUUCUUUUUUCUUCAUCCCCAGGGCUUUUCCCUUAAGAAAGGGCAAACCCUGCGGACGAGGUUGUAAUUCAUUUACAAUUCAUAGCUCGUUUAAUUUAGUUCAUAUUGUAAAUUAAGCGCAUUAGAUCUACGAUAGCGCUAUGUAAGUAAUGAUUUACAAUAUCAUUAAACCAAGCUGAACUGAAUUUAACCCUUUUCGGACGGCGAGGGUCGUUUUUGUCUCCAUAUAGAACGAUGCAUAUUUAGACCAAUUUAGUUUUCGGUUUAUGCUAUUGCGUUAGUCACCAGGAACGUCUAGCAAUACCGUGCUUUGGAAAUUCUGAGCAAUCCUGACAGAGUUUGAAACAAGAAAAAAACAAGUAACAUUUUAGACAAAAUUCCACUGCCGAUUAUGCCAUUUACAUGCUACUCUUUGUAGACUAAAUUUCUCCCUCUCCUAAAAUAAAUAUUUGCCAAAAAUUUUACUCCAAAUUUUGGCUUAUGCGCGUUCGCGAAGAACAAAAACGCUGCGAUUUUUACUGACUAUCCUAUUUCUGACCAAAGUGAUCUUCAAACUAUUGAUUUACUUUACUAAUUAAAUCUCUUGUUUUAUUUUUUCAACAGAUUUACCGUAGCAGGUAAAGAAAGCUGGGAUUAUUCUUAUAAUCCUUGCAGCUCAUUCUGGUGUGGAAACUCUCAAGGUCAUGAUGUGGCUGUAAGUGCUUAAAAUCUGAGACCUACAAUUUUGUUGGCCUCGCGUGAGCAUUACUCAAAAGAGAUGAAGUAGGAAAGAAAAUAAGCGGUAUAUCUAGAAAGUAUCAAUUUCGGGCCUUGUUACUCAUCUGGCUAAAAGCCUGAUACAAAUUUAGUAUUCAUGGAAAAAAAGAAAGUGUUUUCAUAAGAAAAAUUUUAAGUCCCACAGCACUAGUUUGGUUAUGGGCUCCUGGUUUGAGACACAAACAUCCGCGCUUUUUGUUUUGGAAAACCAAUAUGGCGGCCUUAACGUCUUGUGAAAUUGCUCUACAUGUCUCAAAAAAUCUUUCAAUAUUUCAUCAAUUGUCCAUCUCGUUUGAAUUGUGUACAUUGCCUUGCCAUCAAAUGAAGAUAACGUACGAAAGGAUGUUCCAUUUGUAAACAGUAUUAUUUACUUUAUUGAAAACUAAAAAAAUCAAAAAUUGUGCACAGGUAAUAGAAAACCAUUAAAAUGUACUUUAUGUGACUUUCAAUAGCUAGGGUUGCUCGAUUAAUGAUCUUAUAAUUGCGUCGACAAAGGAGACCCUUUCUAAUUGAGUCGUUGGCUGUUCUGUGUGUUCAUCGGCGGCCUGUGCAUGUUCCAAGCGCGAGAAAUGGAUAAGAGGUUGUCGGCGUGUCGGUUCCAAAACUGCACCAUCUUGAAACGUCACAAAAGUAGUUCGUAGCCUGAGUAUCGGGCGUUUCUGGGGAGGAGGGGCAUUAAGGAUCUUUCUUGCUUCUUCUUCAAAUGAAAUUCCUGCGGUGUGAGAAAUGAACUCCCCAUAACUCAGUGUUGGAAAAAAAGGAUUAAGAUGCUUUGUGGGAACCGAUACAGGUGUCUAAGACCCUAGGCGACGCACCGUAUAAUCUACGAUAACUGCUGGUUUUAUGAUUUUCUCAGUUUACAACUCAAUGCUUUCAACACAUUUUAGGUUUGUAGGUGGCCUAUGAACAAUGCAAGCCACGAGGUGAUAGGAAAACAGAGCACAUUUUCAUGCGGUAAUGACAGUCAACGCCACAACAAGCCUCAAUUUGAAUACAGCUUUAAUCAGUAUGUGUCGGAUUCAUUAACAAUUUAAAAAUUCAGCUUUUAUAAGAUUUGAAGAAUGAGGGGGAGAUUAAAGGGGUGUUAUCGACAGAGGUGGAUAACAUCCUCCUCGAUCGACCCCCUGCAUACUUUUACAGAUCAUACGAAAACAGAAUUCAAUUAUUUAUUAUUUUUUAAUAUCUAAUUUCUCAGCAUAGACUUUCUUCAGUGCAUUUGCCUUUUCCUCGGCAGUAUGAGAAUUUGAAAGGAGGUUUUAUUUUCUAUAUCUCUAGUUUGUUGUUGUUUUGUUUGUUGCUGUUGUUGUUUGCUUGUUUGUUUGGUGCUGUUUUUUCAUCCGGCGAAUAUAUAUUCCCGUCCCAGGCGACUCUCUCAUUGUUGUAAGGAGGCUGUGGAGAAAAUAAAAGAAAGUGCGCGGGGCACGAUGGGAAGGGGAAGAUACCAUCGUCCCCGCGCGCUUUCUAUUUCUUUAUUAUUCCUAUUUUUAUUGGGACACCCAGCGGGAGCCUCUGCGGGGGAGUGAGAGACCGCUUUCAAAACGUUGCGGUUUUUGUCAGCGGAUUCACUAGUUUAGUGUGGACGGAUGGCCGAUUCGUGUAAAGCUAAAUAUAUGCAGUUUCAAAAGUAUACGAAUUCGUGUGGACAUGACCUAAAUGUAUCAAAUAAAAAUAUUAUUUUAUUGUCUCAACGGUAAGAAACAAUCCGUUAUGAGAAUCAUAUGGUUUUUAUGACUAUAGAUUUUCUAGCAUGGUUUGCCAAUUAAGGUACAUGAUUUUUCGACGGUUGUAUUUCAGAAAUAGCUCAAAACAGGAGCUGAUUUUUGAUUUCCUGAUUUUUUUAAUUUCUGGAAAUUCAUUACACCUCGCUGUAACGGCGAUCGCUGGUCAAUAUUCGCGAGUAACAUCGUAUUGUUAACCUCUGACGUCAUAGUUUUUUGCAAUGUUGCCCACUCAGAGAUUUUGGCGGGGAAACAUGCACAGUUUCAUUGUUAGAUGUCAAGUGACCCCGUAGUAACCAAGUAAUAAUGGUUUAGCUGUGAUGAUAUGAAACAUUGAAAUAAGCCCAGUAAACCCAUGAGUGAAUUUUAAUCUUCAGGCCAGGGUGGAAAGUGAUAAUCAAGCUUCAAUGUAAUCCCAAAUUGGUGCGAGUCGACGAAGCAAAAUUCUUCGUUAUUCAAGAUACUAAGAGCCCCUGGGUAAGUUUUCCUGCGCGUCGUCGUUAUAGUAAAAGUCCUUACUAUAGUGAAAAACGGAGCAGUGAGCAGUGUGUUUUUUUUUCUGUAGGGAAAAAUCAAAAAAGUAAAAUAUCUCUGAAGAAAUUCCAUGAACAUUUUGGAUCGAGAAAGAACAUUUCAUUGAAUUCCUACCAAAAAAAUACUUUUUUUACUUACUAGAAAACUCCUAGUCGGGCCAGUAAUGUCAAAGGAUAUCAAAGUAACAUGUCAUACCUUUGUUUUUCAGAUAUUUCUUCUGGAGCAUAAGUGUGCCUGUGCAAAUGGUUGUGAAAAUAAACUCAGUAGUACGAGUAUGAGUAGGACUAGUAGUUCCUCAAGUAAGUUUUCAGCACGUCACGCUUACAUGAAGCUCUACCAACUAUAUCUUAGGAACAUGCAGCGCAUGCUCAACUAAGAUCUUUCUGGAGUACGCCAAAUCGAUUUAGAAAAAAAGGCUCUGUUGGCAGUGUGGUUUCAAGCUUGGGGACCAGUGCUUGCGGUCAGGUCGUUAUUUUAGUGAUGUCAUUAUCUUGCCCGGGGUAUUCUGAAUGACGGUGAAGCUCUCUUUAAAGUCGCGAAGUGGCCGUUGAAGAGGGGUUAAACUGGAGGCUCAAUCAACGUAACCGUGCCAGAUGCUAGAGUGUGUAAAAGCGGCACUCUCGCUAAUAUUGUUCUUUCGUUCAGCUAGUUCUUCGAUUUUUCAACUUUGAACUGAGAGUAUUACAAAGAUAGAAUCAUAAAAAGCAUGCAAGAACUAUGUAAGAAUGUCUAUGUCCUAAUCUUUUGCAUUGCCCUCUCUAAUCAGAAUAUCUCGUUUAUUGAAAUUUCCAGCGAGCGCCCCUAAUGACUGGAAAGACAUCGGAGUACCAGUGUGCAUCGCUGCUGGAUCCGUAUUAUUUUUUUUUUUGGCAAUCUUUAUUGUGUUCCGAUUAAUCAGUGGAGGAGACGUCAAUAGAAGAGAGAGGGAACGGGAAAGAGAAGGUCUACUAAAUGGAGAUGGAAUGGCUGGGCGAAAUGGUGACUUGAACGGUCCGCAAGCCGACGGAGAUAAUUUACAAUCUCAGCCUGUCUCAAUGACCUCUACCUCUGACACUUACUACGAUGCUAAUGAUACUAGUCUGACUACAGUUGGAAGUUUGCCUGUUUAA